AUGUUCAAGAAGUUCUCAUCUUUAAACCCACCUUCAUAUGAUGGUAAGCCUGAUCCAGUGGCGUUUGAAGAUUGGAUUAAUCGCAUUGACCAGCUGUUUGAAACCUUGCAAUGCCCUGAGAAAUGGAGGGUAGACUUUGCUGUAUUUUAUCUCACGGGCCAAGCAAGUUUAUGGUGGAAGAUUAUUAAAGAAAAGAAAAAUGAACCUGGGUUUGGAUGGAGUAAACUUCAGGAUUUGAUGCGAGAUAAAUUUUACCCUCCCUCACUUAGGAAGCAGAAAGAAGAUGAAUUCCUUCACUUACAGCAAGGUACGAUGAGUGUUUUGGAAUAUGCUAAUAAGUUCAUGGAGCUUUCAAGGUUCGCACCUGAGCUGGUGACUAGUGAGCAGUCAAGGAUGAACCGCUUUGAGCGAGUAUUGCUUCGAGAAUCUCAGAAUAGUAACUUUAAAAGGAGGAAUGAUUGGAGGAAUGAUAAUCAAGGAGGGGCAAAAAGGCCUAAUCAAGGGAGCCAAAAUUUCAGGAGAAAUGAUAGUGGUCAAUCUGAUUAUAGGGGUCAAGGUUAUCAUGGAGGUAACCGAGUUCAGAGUAACUUCAGGGCACCUGUGAACAAACCUAGUAGUGUGCCAUGUGUGGAAGAGAACCAUUCAGAAGCGAAUGUCUGUUGGCUCAAAUGCUUCUAUAGAUGUGGGAGUCGUGAUCAUUGUGUCAGGGAUUGUCUUAAGCCACCGGGAGCAAAUAAUAGCAUUGGAGGAACAUCUUCAGCUGGUACUAAUCGCAACUGA